GGAUCAUCUGCUGACAGUCCAAGUAUAGAAUAAACUAUGAAGAAGAAAAGCAGACGUUCUAGGUCAUCUGAGACUUUGCAACAGACCAGCGGUAAACAGAUGACAGUGAGCGUCAAUGAGGAAAAGAGGACAUCUGGAAACAGAGGGAGACCUCGAAAGAUUGUUCCUGUAACCACAGACAAUUUUUACGAUGAUAACACUGCAACAGACAAGACUGCUGACUUAGAUUUCAAUGUGACAGCUGCUGACGACACAGGGAAACAUCCAGAGAGCAAGUCAAAAUCUUCAGGCAGACUAUCCACUGCUGUCUGUCGGCUCUGCCAUGGAAAGUUCUCUCCACGCAGCCUGCGGCACGCCUUCAACAGGUGGUCCCAAGAUUCCAUCGAUAUUGUUGACGAUGAGUCAGACGACGCGGCCCAGUCACCCGUUUUAUUCCAUACAGAUUUCCAACAACUGGUCGGGGUCCAGUUGAACCGUGACCCCCGGUUAUCGGAGUUUAUCUGCAAGAAAUGCCACGCCAAAUUCUACAAGUGCCACAGCAUCCUGAUCAGGUUUCUCCAAAGAGUCAACCGCCCACCAGUUGGGAAAGAGAACCUCAAAAGCCGGAAGAAUGCAAAGUGUCCAGAGUCAUCAGUAAAUCAUGGUUCAAUAACACAACUGUCCUUUCCAUCAGACCCUAAGUGCCUCCACAGUCUGGUGUCCUGGGUUCACCACCACGGAGAAGCUUGCCGCUCCUGCCCCGACCUGAAGGAGGUGCUGAAGGGCCAGUGCUGGGGCUCUGUUAAGACUGUGUGGAGUUGCGUUGAUGGUCACAGAUACAUCAUGGACACUCAGUGCACCACCGCUACUAAUCCAGGGUACACAAUGAACUUUAACAGUGGAGCAUUAGGGAGUGGCAAUGGUGAUAGAGUGAUGUCAGAAGAAGAGGAACUGGAGCAGGAGGAAGAAGAAGAUGAUGAUGAAGAGCAGCCCAGCAGGAAUAGAAGAACCCCAGUGGGAAGUAUAAGUACUCUGGCUCAACACGUUCCGCCAGCAGUCAUGGCACAGACUCAGAGCCCAGCACUGUCUGACUGUACCAGCAACACUGAAGAUUUUACACGUCAUGAGGAGGCAUUGUCUCCCGCUCCAGCCCGGCUGGAGGACAGGACAGCUGACAGCGAUCUGUCUGACAGGGUCACCUCUGAAGAUGAGUUUGAAGAGAGUAGAAAAAUAGGGUUGUCAGACGAUGAGCUGUUCGAGCCAUACUCAGACAAGAGAGCUCGCAGGGUGACCGUCCCCAACAAGAGAAGACGAAGCCCCAAGGCCCCAGAGGAACCCAAAAUCAAAAAGAAACCUGGGCCCAAACCAGGCUGGAAGAACAAGUUCAAACCUAAAGGAGAGGAGCUGCCCAACAUCUACAAGUGUCCCUAUCAGGGUUGUACAGCUGUCUACAGAGCUCCCGAUGGUUUGAAGAAGCACAUCAAGGAGCAUCAUGAGGAGGUGAGAGAGCGACCCUGCCCUCAUCCUGGCUGCAACAAGGUUUUCAUGAUCGACCGCUACCUGCAGCGACAUGUCAAGCUCAUCCACACAGAGGAGAGGAACUAUAUUUGCGACCAGUGUGGUCAGACCUUCAAACAGAGGAAACACCUUUCAGUUCACCAGAUGAGGCAUUCAGGAGCCAAGCCACUGCAGUGUGAGGUUUGUGGCUUCCAGUGUCGCCAGCGAGCAUCACUAAAAUACCACAUGACCAAACACAAGGCAGAGGCCGACCUGGAGUUUGCCUGCCUGAUGUGCGGGAAGCGUUUUGAGAAGGCCCACAACCUAAAUGUCCAUAUGUCCAUGGUCCACCCACUGACUCAAGCUGAGGCUCAGAGAGGCAGCAACCAGCAGCAGCAGCAGCAGCAGCAGCAGCAGCAGCAGCAGCAGCAGCAGCAGCAGCACUCUGACCUGCACACUAUCACACUGACAGGGGAGGUGGUUCAGCAAGACCAGGACAGAUGACGGCAGGGAGUCCAGGUCCAGGUCUGCUGUAGGGGUACAUAAACUGGGCAACAGGGACCAGCUCUGGCAGUCUGUCCUGUAGUUUCCAUUUCUGCACAUUCAGUUCAUGGACUGGGAUGGGACCUACUGUGUGGCUCCACUGGCCAACACAACAACGAUGUUGGUUUGACUUUUCCAUCAACUUAGAGACUUUAGUUUAGCUUUUGUGUGAUAGGAACAAAAUUGCACUGUUGUUUUCAACAUGAAGUUUAAUUUAGUGGAUAGUGACCAAUCUACUGAUAAUUACCAUCCACCUACCUUAUGGGCCUCCCUUCAUAGUUUUCACAAAUUGAUUCUCAUUCCAAGGAGGCUUUCCGACCAGUAUACCACAAGUUUAGGUUUUAGCUUGUUUUGGGGGAAGCAGCAGUCUUCCCUUCAGGUGUAGCACUCAGAAAUGCUGCAGUGUAACGUGAUGCAUCAAAGUGAAGGCGUCAAGAAUCCAAGUGGGGCAUGUUUUUACCAACUGAGAGCAGCUUUAUAAAAACAACUGUUAUAAUUCAUUGACUUUCUUCAGUUUUAAAAAAUUGAAAGUUGUAAUCCUUAAGAUUUCAGUUCUGUUUGAUUUGGCAACACCUGUUGUUACCAUGUUAACAACAAAUGCAGUUUAAUACUACAGCACUCGAUGAGCAGUAACUUUGCCAGAAAUACAACAGCAGGUCACAAUAAAGUUUGUAACUUCGUUGAGGAAUGGGA